UAGCAAAUUAGCGUUGGUUACAAAUUUUAUUGGAAAAUAUUAUUGCUUUGUGUUGUUUUAAAACACAGACUCGGUCAUGUUAAGCAUGCUACAACAAAGGAAAAUACCAACUCUUGGAUUUUUAAUUGUUCAUUGUAGUUUGUUUUUUACUGUACGUGGCCAGUUGUCUUAUCUUCAAGUGUCGCCAACAACAUGUGGUGCAGUGGACAACCAGUUCUUUAAUUCUGCCGACCUCAGAUGUGGAUCUUGUUUUCCUUCUACAGGCAUACCUGAUGCAGAUUUUCUCUCAUGUUCAUGCCCACUUCAAUCGAAGACAGAAGUAUCUUCAGAUGGAAGCUCUCCAUUUGUUUGCACAUCCUGUCCAACUAACACUUUACCGACAAAUGAUGGUCGAGACUGCAUCAGUUGCUCUGGUACUGGUGUGGAAGUUAAUGUCUUAACUCAGAGGUGUACUUGUACCAACAGCACUGCAUCGUUGGUGGAACGCUUCAGCAAUGGAACUGUAAUGCCAAACGCUGAAUGCAUUGAAUGUACUCAGAGCUUCACAGGACCAAGUGCAGACAACAAUGUGUGUUCUGCAUGUGUUGGAUGUGGCCAAUGUACUUUUGUUGGCGAUGGCGUUUGUGUGAAUCUGACCGUAACUGAAAAUGUUAACAGUGAUUCAGCGUACAUUCAACAAAAAGCACAAGCUGCAUUUUUGGGCUGCCAGGCAAAGAACAUCACUGCAUGUCAAGCGUUGGCCAACAUGUGUGUCAUGGAAACUUAUGCAUAUUAUACAAGUAAUUCAGCGUGUCGUCUCUAUUCCCUGUUUUACAAUCAACCAUUAUCAACAACUUACACCCCAAUAUCAACUUUAAACAGUGCAUGGCUGCAAAACCUGCCCUGGAUUUAUAUAAACUCGUUGGGAGAUGUCAAUAAUCUUGCGGAUGUUGAAAUUUUGACAAGCACAGAAAUUCCUACAGCAUUUGGUUUUAAAGGAGCUAAUACAGUUCUGGAUCUUGUUGUUUUUAAAUAUGAUGUCAAUGGAACAUUUCUUGGAGAGGAAAAUGCCAAUACAGGAAUUCUACAGCUUUGUCCAGAUCAAGUUUCUCGAAAAUCGGCUGCUUUUGUUUUUGGCACUUCCUAUGCAUCAAGUUGCACUCUCACACCCACAAGCCUCCAAAGUGUCUCAAAUUACCCCGUCAUGUUUUACGAAUUGAAUUUGCGAUACACCAUCAAUAAUGAAGUUCGACUUUUUCCAGUUCCAGUAACAGUUACCAACUUUCGUGAUGCUGAUGGCCAAUCUGCUGAAGUUCUCGUUCGAAGAUUCUUCCUUGUUGAUAAUUUAUCCAGAAGUACGUUGACCACAACAACUUCCACACAAUCUACCCCUGCUAUUCGAUACGCAUCAUCUGUUUCAAUCAGUGUCACUCUUCAACCUGUCGGAAACGGUUUGAUUCACCCACCACAUCUAACUAUCACUUAUAGUGAUUUAAAUAUCGGUGACAAUGGAGUUCCUGUUGCAACUACAGCACCUACAAGAUUUUCCGUCAACUAUUUGGUAAACGUUGUCACAACCACUUCCCAGAUCGAAGCUUUUCAGAUCUCACUUGCCGUGUUGGGCUCGUUGUCUGUUCUUUAUUCAUUCUUUGAAACUGGCAGUUGGAGAAGAAGGCAGGGACUGCAAGUUAUUGAUGGAACCAGUUUAUUCAUGUUUAUAUUCUACACAUUGAGCAACCUUGCAAACGUUUUCUUCAUUGUCAUGUUCGGUUUCUCUGCAGUGACAUUGAUAUUCUACAAGGGUCAAACCACAGUCACUCACUUGCUACCGGAUCCAUUUAUCAACUACCUUUUUCUUUUGUUCUUUGCGAUGGCGUUCGCAUUCAAGACGGUUCAAAUCCUGGUGAUGAUCUUCAUGCAAUCAUCGAUGGAUAUCUUCCUCGUGGAUUGGGAGCGCCCUCGUGUGAAUGAUGCAGAAGGGAAGGUUAGCAUCUGGAGAACUUUCUUCAUCGCAAAUGAAUGGAAUGAGAUACAGACUUGUCGAAAGUUGAGUGUUCCGCUGCAGUUGUUUCUUGUUGUUUUGUUUCUUGAGGUGAUUGGAUUUAAAAGUCUUGCGCUUGAAAAUCCCACAACAGCAAUCAAUACAGUGGUGACAUCAUCAAGCGACCUUUACAUUCCACCUUACAACAGUAUUCUACGCUUUGCUGUUGCUUCGCUUGUCUAUCUCGUCAUUGCAUUUAUACAAGUUCUAUACAACAUUGCAAUCCAUGAGAGAUUCAUUCACGAUCAGAUUCGAGAAUUUAUUGAUUUGUGUUCAGUAUCGAAUGUGAGUGUUUUCAUCUUAGCUCACAAUCACUAUGGUUAUUACAUCCAUGGUAGAUCAGUUCAUGGCAGAGCAGAUACUGAUAUGAUGCAGAUGAAUGCAAUGCUUAAAAAAGAAGAGGAAAACUUGACAAGUUCUCGUGGGUUGGAUCCUGGAACUGAACAACAAACUUAUGAAAUUGCAAUUCCAGUCAAGUUUCGAAACCAGUUUGACAAAAUUUAUCAACCACUUGAACUGAUGAGAAACCAACCAGCUGCUCGAGGUGGGAGUUCCCCCAUGGAUUCUAAAAGUUCAGAAAAUGUUCGUGCUUAUUCCACCAUGAGGAACUUCCUAACUGCCUUUCUGGACCACUCCUUGAGGGAUUUGGAUUACUUUAUCAAAGACAAAAUGUUCCUUGAAAAUUUAAUGGAUACCGAGUUUCGUGAACCAAUAGAAGCAGCUUACUUUUAUAAUGACCCCGGCAAUUCGUUCACCAAUGUCUUGUUCUAUGGGAAUGAAUUCGCGUUGCUUCUCUUUGAAGUUCUUCUGUUCAACAUUAUCGAUUACUCGCAACAAAACUUUCCUCUUGCUGCUAUCCUCACAUAUAUAUGUGGACAGGUUUUGGUUUUUAUUCGUGAGUUUCUAGGUCAACAAAACCUCGCUACCAAAACACUUGUUGACAAACGAUUCUUGGUGUGAGGUUUCAGGAAGAACGAACCAUUACAUUGGUUUAUUUCUAGUUGUAGCAUUUAAGGUUCUCAGAGUAAAA